AUGGAUUUAUCACAAUUUGACUUGAUUUCACAACACGAAGAUGAUUAUUCAUUGACACAUAUUGAACUUUAUGAUGUUGUGCCCAUCGAAAUGGACCCUCAAAAUGAUGGAAAUGAAAUUGUUGCUAAUGACCAAUUGAAUGAUGGUGUGGAUAAUUGUCGGUCCAAGGCCAAGCUCAUAGAUGGAGAUAAAGUUGUUGAGGAGCCUAAGAGCGGUAUGCUAUUUGGCUCCAUAGAGGAAGUCAUUGACUAUUAUAGGAAUUAUGGAAAGCAAGCGGGCUUUGGUGUGACACAAAAGAAGAAGAAAAAGUAUGAAAAUGGAGAUGUACACUACAUCAGUCUGACAUGUGCUCGCGGAGGCAAAGCAUCAUCCAGUUCAAGUAAUAACCUGUGCAAGGCUAGCAAAACAAGCAAAACGGGGUAUCAGGCUACUUUGAAUGCAACGUUAGUGGAUACAUCAUGGUAUGUGACAAAUGUAAAUCUAGGGCAUAAUCACGACUUAAGCCCAGGUAAAGCAAGAUACUUUCGGUGCAACAAGAAGUUGGAUCCUGCUACGAAGAGAAAGCUUGAUAUAGAUGAUAGAGCUGGAAUCCGCACCAACAAAAUUUAUAACGCACUAGCCAUUGAAGCGGGGGGUUAUGAGAAUCUUACAUUUGGAGAGAAAGAGUGUCGUAAUUAUAUUGCGAACUCAAGACGCCUUUGCCUUGGUACAGGAGGUGCUGCAGCACUUCGUGACUAUUUCAAUAGAAUGCGGAAAGUAAAUGAUGAUUUUUAUUUUGAUAUAGAUGUGGAUGAUGAGUGUAGGCUGAGAAAUGUUUUUUGGGCUGAUGCACGAAGGGCGGCAUUAAUUUCAAGUGAGGAUACGGCAUCAUUUGUUUGGUUGUUUGAGGCAUGGUUGAAAUGCAUGAAGGGCCGUGCGCCAAGGGCAAUUAUUACAGAUCAAGAUAGGGCCAUGAAAAAUGCUAUUAAGAAGGUGUUUCCGAAUGCUUGUCAUAGAUUUUGUUUAUGGCAUAUACUGAAAAAACUUCCGGAAAAGUUUGGAUCACAUUCACAAUACUAUGCCAUUAAGAGUGCCAUAAGAAAUUGUGUGUAUAAUUCUCAUACAUGUGACGAGUUUGAUGCAUGUUGGCAGAGUAUGCUUGAGUGUUAUAAUCUAGAGGAGAAUGCAUGGCUGCGUGGUUUAUACAGUGAAAGGACUUUUUGGGUACAAACAUAUUUGAAUGAUGUAUUUUGGGCCGGCAUGACUACCACACAACGUAGUGAGAGUAUGAAUGCCUUUUUUGAUAGUUAUGUGCAAUCGUCCACCUCAUUAAAGGAAUUUGUGGAUCAAUACGAUAACGCUUUGUGCAGGAAGGUUGAGGUUGAGAAUGUUGCUGAUUUCGAUUCCUUCAAUACCACCAUUUCAUGUGUGAGCUAUUGGCCCUUUGAGAAGCAAUUCCAAAAAAUUUACACCCAUGCAAAGUUUAGAGAAGUUCAGAAGGAGAUUUCAUCGAUUAUGUAUUGUGGUUCUUCUCUUUUAAAAAGUGAAUGUGGAAUUCGUACCUAUCAGGUGAUCGAACAGGUAGAAAUUAAUGAAUCCUAUAGGAAAAAAAUUGUUUUUAAUGUUUGCUACAAUGGCCCUGUAUGUGAAGUGAAUUGUAGUUGCCGUUUGUUUGACUCAAGAGGAAUUUUGUGCAAACAUGCCAUAUCCGUGUUGACUACAUUUGAAGAUGUGGAUUUGUUGCCCGAAAAGUAUUUUCUAAAUCGAUGGAGGAAGGAUUUGAAGCGGCCAUAUAAGUUAAUCAAGAGUAGUUAUGAUCCUUUGAGUGGCAACCCUACUGCAGAUCGAUAUGCUGAACUAAGCAACAAUGUGCUGAAGUUGGCCGCUAUUGCAGCACCAAACGUGGACCAUUGCAUGGAAGUGCAAAAGUAUGUUGAUAUGCUAAUUAAGAAAUUUAGCGGUCCAAGCUGUGAACAAAGUCAACCUUCCCAAUCACUCCCAAGUGCAAAAGAUCUCCCAAGUGCACCUAUGAUCGAUAAUGGAGCCAUGGAUUGUAUGGAGGUGGAGGUGUGUAGUCCUCUUGUGGCUCAAACUAAAGGUGCGCGACCAUCAAUCAGAAAAGUGUUUGUGGUUGAAAAAGUGGUGGGAAAAAAGUCGUCAAAAGGAGGAAAUAAGAAACAGAGCAACACAAAUCCCGAGCAGCGAAGGAAAAGAAAGAAGACAUGCCAAAGAUCGCUAGUAGAUGAAUUGGACACAAGUGAAGAUCCGUUGCUUUUUUCAACUGAUGUGCAGCAUGACCAAGUGAUUGAAACACACAUAGUGUACUUACACAGAUUUUCUGUGAAUUUGAUUGGGAGUUGGAUGAACUUGAGAGAGAUGGUUUUCGUUUACAAACUCUCCUAUUACAAGUCUGAUUUUGCUUUCAAGGCUUGUGGAGAGGAACUUCUUGUGGUGGGCGGGCAACGAGGUCCACAAGGCGAAGGCAUUGUGCUUAACUCUUGGUCUCCUGAGUCCGGGAUCAAGGAUGGAACCUUGGAUUGGAAGGUUUUUGGUGUGAAGGAGCAUGUUGGUGUGAAGGGUGCUUCUGUGUGCAUUUAUCUUAUUGACUAG